AUGUCGAAUUCACGGACACCGCCCACGACUGCACCCAGCUCUCCGCCUACGGACCCCUUCGACGACCAGGAGGAUGUUGGCCUUGUGGACGAAGACAUCAUCAAAGAGGAGGCCAAGGCACGUCUUGCGAAUACUGCCGUGGAAGAAAAACGACGUGCUACCCUUCUAAAACAGCGAAGAAAGAAGAAGGCUGAGACCAAAGCUGAGCGCGAAGCCAAGGCACGAGAGCUGGAUGAGCUGCUACAGAAGAGCGCUGCUUUCAGCGACAUUCUAACAAAGAAGACACAAGUACUCGGUCGUGUUGGAAGCAGUUUAGAUGGCAAGAAGCUUGGUGAGCACAAUCUGCAGAUGGCUACACAGCCAAAGUGCAUGGUUGGUGGUACGAUGCGCGAGUACCAGCUUGAAGGACUUACUUGGAUGUAUGAGAUUUGCUCACAGGGUAUGAGCGGCAUCUUGGCUGAUGAAAUGGGUCUUGGCAAGACGAUUCAGACGAUUUCAUUGAUAGCACUUCUUCGUGAACAGGAGCAGUACCUCGGUCCUCAUCUCAUUGUAGCCCCUCUCAGCACGUUGUCGAAUUGGAUCGACGAGUUCCACAAAUGGGUACCAUCUAUUCCCAUUGAGAUGUACCAUGGCAACAAAGCCCAGCGAGAAGAAAUCUUUCAUAAGAAGAUUAUGACCCAUCUUAAAUCUGGCCGACCUACUGCAAAGUUUCCUGUCGUUUGCACGUCUUACGAGAUGGUGAUCAAUGACCACCAUAACCUCUCCCGAAUCAAGUGGGAAUUUAUCAUCAUUGACGAAGGUCAUCGAAUGAAGAAUGCCGACGCGAAAUUGUUCCAGCAACUGAGGCAGUUCUCAUCUGCAACCCGUCUUCUCAUCACUGGUACCCCUCUCCAGAACAAUCUCAAAGAACUCUGGUCACUGCUUCACUUUCUUCUACCAAAUAUCUUUACUGAUUGGGAGGCAUUCGAAUCUUGGUUCGACUUUUCGGAAUUGGAAGACGAGAAGGGGACGCAACAAUUCAUCGAAGACCAAAUGAAGCAAGAUUUGGUCAAGAAAAUUCAUCUUAUCUUACAGCCAUUGCUGCUUCGCCGUAUUAAACAAGACGUCGCCGCUUAUCUGCCCAAGAAGCGAGAGUAUGUUCUAUUUGCUCCAAUGACAAAAGAGCAAACAGACCUGUACAAUGUCAUUUCUAAUAAAAACAUCGACACUCGAUCAUACCUCGAGGACAAAGCCGUGGAGAUCAUUCGCAGCAAGACAACUUCUCAGGCUUCCACCAGGUCUUCUUCUAGGGCAAGACCGGCCAAAAAGGAGGAAAAGGACGACAAGGCUGUUUCGCUACCUGUUCGACAAAGUGCUAGAGGCAAAAAGGCCGAAGAACGAUCAGCAUCACCAGCGCCAAAUGCUUUCAGCCUCAUGAUGGGCAAGCGGGGCCCAGGGCGGCCGCCUAAGAAUGCUAAGCCCGACCCCGUCUCAACGCCCACGAACAAGACACCGAAGCGAAAGAGUCCCCCGACAUCUAUUGCCUCUGAAACUAAAAGCGCAAAGUCCAGUCGACAAUCGACGCCGUUGAGCGUUCGCAGCCGUCGCCAUGCUCGUUCAUACAAGGAGGCUGAUUCCGACGAGGAAAGGAUGUCCGACGAUGAAUUUGAGGCAAAGCUGGCGAGCGAAAUGGCCAACGAAGAAGAAAAAGAUAAGGAUGCAGAGCCAAUGUCUGCUGAAGAUAUGGAACGCGCCCAGACUCUUGAUAUGGCCAAAAAGCAGAUUUCACGCAAGAAGCUGGGCAAUCCCCUAGCCCAGCUCCGGUUGGUUUGCAAUACUCCACACAAUUUCUACAACCCGUGGAAUAUCGCUACCGAUAUCCCAGUAGACGAGACGAUCGUCACUGCUUCGGGGAAAAUGCUUCUCCUCGAUCGACUGUUGAAGCAUCUCUUCAUUGAUGACCAUAAAGUGCUCAUAUUUUCACAAUUCACUACACAGCUCGACAUUUUGGAGGAUUACUGCAGAGAGCUACGUGGUUGGAAAGUCUGCCGCAUUGAUGGCAGCAUUGCUCAGGCGGACAGACGCGAGAGCAUCAAACUUUUCAACGAAGAUCCCGAAUACAAAAUCUUUUUGCUAUCCACACGUGCAGGUGGCCAGGGAAUCAAUCUGGCCUCUGCAGACACUGUCAUCCUCUUUGACAGUGACUUUAACCCACAACAGGAUCUGCAGGCUCAAGAUCGCGCCCACCGUAUUGGUCAAACUCGUCCAGUUCUGGUGUAUCGUCUCGCCACGAAGGGAACGGUGGAGGAAUCCCUAUUGCUCUCUGCAGAUGCUAAGCGACGACUGGAAAAGCUCGUCAUUCGCAAGGGUGGGUUCAAGACAAUGGGCCAAAAGCUCAAUGAAAAGGAAGAGGACUUGGAUCCCGAAACGUUACGAGCUUUGCUGCUCAAGGAUGGCCAAGUGUACGAAGUAUCAGGGGGGGACGACAUUCUGAGCGAUCAGGAUCUGGAAACGAUAUGUGAUAGGAGUGAGGAGGCCUUUGAGAGGGCUGCCAGGGGAGAUGGCGAUGCGGAUGCAUUUAGAGUCGUUGAGACGGGUGCAGACUCGAUCAAGAUGGCUAGGAAGAGUUGA